AUGUCACAGACUGUGCGCAUCCGCACGGAAAAGCCUCCGGUCCUUCGUGGUUCUAGGCGUCGCUAUGCCAAAGCAACGACUACUACCCCCUUCCCUGGGUUUAUCCCUGGUGCGUCGUUUGAUGCUGCCGCCCCCUCCAGGCGGGAGACGUUGCAGCAGUUUCAUCGCCUCGAGAUGAUGGUGGAGGUGGACGAACGGCUGCGCGCCGAGAAUGGACUGGUGCUUUCCGACACAGGAGGUGUGUCGGACGAUGGCUACCCAACCUGCGAAGACACAGCUGCGGGGAAGCCAGGGCGGGAGUCCGCUGCAGCAGCUGCUUUGCAUGAUGCUCGGGAAGAACUUGCGGGUCGCACCCUGCACGCGGAUCCAUAUUGCAUGGAAAAUGUUUGGUCAGAGGCUCAGCGGGAGUGUCAACUGGGGGAGGGUCACAGUUUUGGAGAAGAUGCUGAUAUGUUUUUUUUCCGUCAGGGCAACUGUAUAGAAGAGGGUAAUGCACUUGAGGCCGACACCCAUGCGGCCAUCAUGGAGGACCUUGAAAAGCUGCACUCUCGCCUUCAGCAGGCACAAUGUCGACGCAUCCGUCAUUUGGCUCCGCGUCAGCGUCGUCAUGCUUCGCCUUUGGGAGCUCAUGCGGAAGCUGCGUCACUGACCAGUGAAGAUUCCAUUUGCUCUAGCGAGGGGAUGGAAUUUGAUCCAGAGCGAUACGUGGCACCGCUGCUGCGCCACUCGGAUGUUGUGGAAGGCGCUGAUUUGUGGACGCCACAAUUUGGAAACAAAGGUGGAGAUGUAGCUUUUUUACGGACCGUUCAUGACAUUUUGCCUGACACUACGAGUGUACGGGAGGCGUUGCAGCUCCUGCAGUUUAGUGUUCACUCUAACCGCCCGGACGUGGCAGCGUGCGUGCGGCGGUGCCAGCAGCAGCAGCGUCAGCAUCAGCCAAUGACAGCCAUAACAAAUCUUCCGACUGAGGAGGCGGCGGAGCCAAAGCGCCAACAGCAGAAGAAGACAGUGACUACCGGGACAUGUGGGCGUGUGGAAGAGGAGGCGACGGCGGCUUCUCGAGUCUCUCGUCCAGUUUCGCCACCCUCCGCAGCGUCACUGGCGGGAAUGGUGGCCAAGACACUCCCACGCAUACCAGACGAAUUGCGGGACGAACUCAUGGAUCAGCGGAGGCUACUUGAGCGGCUCGCCGCGGCGCAGGAGGCGAGUUUCCGUCAACUAGCGCGUGAGCAGCAGGAGGCAGCACGGCGACGCAUCAUGGCACCGCGUGCCGACCCCACAUUGGAGCCACUCGCCCCCUCCAAGCUGCAACAGGCGGAACCGUUUGAAAUUGCUGAGGCAUUACAAAAGCUUCAGUACGAUCCAAAGCGGCCACUACCUCCUGUCAUUACAAUCUCAACGAUGCGCCCAAAGACACCGUUGAUGGUUCCGCCAGCACCUCCUUCACUUCCUCCCCAUUACAUUGAAGAAGAGCUGGGGCGACUGCACUCCGAGUAUGAGCAACUUCUGCGGAACGAGCGUCAAGCAUGGGCAAAUAUUAUGCAGGAACAAAAGGAGGCGUUCGAGCGGGAAAAGAACGCAACAAUACAGACACUGCGGUAUGCUGUGGUUCAGCAACAACAUGAGAACACGGAGGAAAUUAAGCGUGCUAUGAUUUCACAAGAAUUGAAACGGCGUCGUUGGCAGCACGCUGCGGAGUUCAAACAGCAGAUGGCAUUGCAGCAGAUGUUACGCAAGGCUUUGCCUUCAGGCAACGAUAGACGUGGACGUGUGAGAGGAGAAAACCUAGAAGUGGCUGCCACAACCAUGUCAAACGAACGUCAGCCUUAUCCUCGUCGUCCGCAGCCUUUAACAAACGUCUCAGGAGGUGGGAAAAAUUUAUCUGCUAAAAGACCGGUGAGUUGGGCAGAAGAGGAUGGUGUGGAAGAUACCACGAAGACGUUUGAAAACGAGGUGGAUGAAACGAAAAAGAAGAAGCAAAAAGAAGAUUUGAGGCAUUCUAUUGUUACGGGUCCUUUUUCUGUUGUGUUGCCUGAGGAGCCGUGCAGUGAGGCGACUGCAAUUGCCCAUGGCGCCUCAUCCCAGCGAGUCGAUGCAGUAGUGAUGAUGUCCGACAAUGAGGAAAAAAAUACGCGUCAACAACCCUCUGGAGACGUAAAGGCUGGGCCACGUGCGUCCAGCGAUAAAAGACGUACCAGCAUCCACUCAUCCGCAGGAAAACGAGGGAAAUUUGCACAACCACGACGCUCACCGUAUGCAGUACCUUCCGGACGUCCUGUGGGGCCGGGGGUUACUACAAGCGGUAAAUCCGCUGCUGCCGUGCAACGCCCACGUGUUUCAUCAAAAUCUCGCAAUGCAAAGUUGCAAUCUCGGCCUUAUGAUAAAGGGCUACAUGACGGGUCUCAGUACGCCUUCGCAGUGCAUGGCGCUUUAUCUAACACUGAACAACAGUUUUACAACACGACUGAGACGGUUCUUACGGACUCGGUUCAUUCACUAAAUGCAACUCUGCCACCCUCUUCUUUAACACCCGUUGUGGGUGGUUUUUCGCACUCUUACGAAAAUGUCCCCAGUAGUGGCGAGAGCCCUGUCGGGAAAGCGAUGUUCCCAGGCAACAUCUUGUUGCUUUCGGAUUCGCUAACAGCUGAGGAGGCGGAGAGGCGGCGCGAUGUUGAGCGCGCCUUCGAUAUCUCUCUCUCAAUCCCACCACAGAUCACUGCUGAGGGGGGAGGAAAAGAAAUUCAACGUCCAUGCGACGUCUAUUUUUUUGGGGAAGAAGCUAGUGCCUUGUCACCACGCCGACGGGCGAGGCUUCGGGCCGCGGAGGCGCGGACACGCAUAGAAGCAAGGCGCCGUCUAGAGCGUAUUAAGGCUCUCUCGUUGAGGUCGCCCGGCCAAAAACUUGGAGAACCUCGAUCUUCUAUCUCAGAUAAAUUGUUUCCUGCAGAAGAAAGUGGACCGUGCCUGGCGGAUCUCCUUGCCAGUGAGACCAUUCACAGCAUUAUUGGGGAUGCAGCUGAGGCGAGCCUGUUUGCUGUUUUGCUUAACGAGCUAGAGGAUUACCUUGUGAGUGCCGAAUUGCACCGCCUCACGUCCAAGAAUUUGGGACGAGAAGAUGAAGCUACACGGCGGCUGCAACCGAAGGAAAAGGAAAAUGAGGAGGAAGGAGAGGUUAAUGCUGCUGAGAUGCUGACAGUCGAACGUGUAGCGGCUGCAUUGCACACGUUUGGUGCCCCUAUCCAUGAAGAGUACUCUUUGGAGGGAACUGUCUUGCGCCUUCUUGAGGAGUCCUUGUUGCAAUCUCUCCUACGACCGAAAUCGGAGGAAACUAGGAAGGAGAGUACGGAGGGAGAAGCAGGGGAACGGGAGGUGACGGCAAUAAUUCCAGAGGGAGAACAAACGGAAUUAAAAUCUGACACUCUCUGCGAGGUGGAGGGGCCCCCGUUGUGGGUGCGAGAGGUUGUUUCUGUCACCACCGAUCCUCUUUGGCAAACACCGGAGGGAGAAGUGAACCCACCUUGUGAGCCGCCCGUUCAGGCGACGACGCUGACGACGAUCAGUGGAGACCAUCAUCCAUCAUUACCAUCGCCGCCCUCAAUAAAAGCAACAACAACACAGUUGCCUCUUAUUGCUGCUCUACAGAAAAAUGUUGUUUUGGCGCUGGAGGGUGCCAGCGGCAGUGUUGUACCGGAUGCCACUGGUACCGUUCGUAUUGUUCUCGACAUUAAUCCUGUCAUGGAGCACUUGGCGGCUGUCAAACUGCCGGCUGCAAUGGAACUGGCCAGCCCUGCACAAGGUGACACUAUUGCGAGCGAAGCUCGGCGAAUGCGUUGUGCCACGGAGGAGGACCUCCUCUCAUGUGAGGUGGUGGACGCACCAAUCACCAGAAGUACCACCCAUAUGUUUUCGGCGACGAAGGGGUUAGGGAAUGAAGAGGUGCAGGAGGUGAAGCCGCCUCGCUUAGAUUUCAGUAUUUCACAUGGAGGACUCCCUUUGCCUGAGCCAGCCAAACUGGAUACGGCAAACAUUCCACAGUUGCUCUCUUUUCCAGAGGGCUCUGUAACAGUCACGGAAGUUACUAAUGCGCAGCAGCCUCAGUGCAUUGAGCGUGAGCAGCGACGUGAGCGUGCUCGAUUGUCUGACGAUGAGUCGUUGCAAAGGCAGAUGCUGGAAGAGCAAGAGGAUGCGUUGCGAAGCUCGUGGCACAUGAUGUGGGAUUGGCAACAAAUGAAUGUCGCGAUGCUCAAUCAACAUCGUGAUGCGCAGAACCCAUGCGGUGUAGUGUCGCAAGACGUCGCUGCUGCCGUCGUGCCUGGCACAGAGGUGGAAGCCGUGGUUGAUGGCGAUAGACCUCGUGACAAGGUGGUUUUACCGCCAGUCCCUUCAACCUCCACAAUUCGUGAUCCCAUUACACGGUUUAUCCUUGAGUGGAUGCACGAGUAUGAUGAAAAAAAAGAGGAACAACCUGCGCAAAGGAGUUUUUUGGAUUUGCUCCACGAGGCGAGUCACAUGGCAGGGGAAAAGGCGUUGCAGGAGGGAAGCGAAGGUACGUCUAUGACCGAGGUGGAUGCUCGGCGGCGGUUGCUGUUGGAGAUUGACGGUGCGGAGUCCUCGUCGUGGCUUUCUUCUACGCACCCGAGCAGCAUCGUCUCGGACGGUUUAUUGCGCUUUGUGACUCGUUCACAGCACAACAUGCCGCGACCGCGGCGCACGUGCCGACGCAGUGAUGAGAAUUCGUCAUCUGCGACAACAGAAACGACACGCUACACCAACUCCUCCUCGAGGCUGUGGCUUGCGCAGGAGUCGUGGAGUCCGGGCAACUCUCUGCCCCCUACGUUCCCCACAGCGGCAGUACGCAAUUCCACAAAGACAACGGUGACAACGUCAAGUUCCAGCCGUACAUGGCCUUCGACGAGCUCUUCAGAGAAGCCACAUCUUAGAGACACCAUGUUGCGCCAUCUCCGCCAAAUACGGUCCUCGGAUACGUAUCAGCCAGAAGAGCAAGAGGGUCAAGAAUGCGAGUACAGCUCUGUGGAAGAGUUGUGGAGGGAGGUGGAAAGGAUUCAAUCGACUCAGCAAAAAACUGCCCAGUAA